AUGUGGGCGUGGCGAUCGUUCCUCGGUCAGCCUCGGCACCUCCUUCUCUCCCCGCUCCGCCCUUUCCGCCACGGUGCGAGCCAGCUGACCGCCGCUCUCGGCCGGGACAACCUGAUCGGCUCACGAGGAUACGCCUCCAAUUCCAACUCCAAUGGCGAUCCGCACGCCGAGGCAAACCACCAGCAUCGGGCGGCAGCGGCGGUGGCGAAGCGGCAUCUAUACGUGGUGCUGGACGACCACAAGGAUGGACACGGCAUCCACAAGCUGGACCUCGCCGCCGACGACGAUCUGGACGGCGGCACCGGGCGCCUACCGGAGCCACCGGUCCUCCGCGUGGCGCUUCCUACUGUCCGCGACGAUGCGCAGUUCGCCGCAGUUGGCAGCAGCAUUGUCGCCAUAUCUACCAGCAUCACCACAGACGUGGAAUGGCAAGAGGUCGUCGGCGGCGGCGUCCUAAUUUACGACACCAAGACAGCGGCGCAGGUCGUCUCGCCUAACCUCCCGAAAAGCCUCCUCGACGCCUUCGGCUACCGGGCAGCCAUUACAGUCGGCGACAGGCUCUACUUGCUCGAGUCAUGUGGGUUUGAGAGAUACUACAAGUACGUUGGCCACGGCAAAACAAUUUUUGCAUCGGGCUUGCACUGCCUCACCGCCCAUGCAGCCGGAGGAGACGAGGACAAGCUCUGGAAUUGGCAGCCGGUGUCGGCUUCGUCGCAGUGGCGUUGGAGUUGCACUGAGAAUCUUCUGAUGCUCCCCUUCGACGCCGAUAACAUCUUGGCGCAUGCGGUGCGCGCCCCGCUAGGAGCGGCCCCGCACGACCAUGAGAUCUUGGUUUCCGCUUGGCGCUGGGACCGGGACGUGAACAAGGUGACUCCCAAGACCUGCUCUUUCAGCACGACAAGUCACAAGUGGACGUGCCUUGGCGACUGGCGGAUGCCCGUAGUCGGCCACGCCCACUACGACCAUGGUCUAGACGCAUGGGUCGGUCUCGACGCCGUCGAUGAUGGCUACCUCUGCGCCGGCAAUGUCUUGAGUGCUCCCUCAGAGUGGAAGGACGGCAGGGACAAGCUGUUCUGUCUCGAGGAGGACGCCGCGGCUGGCUGGAGCCACAUCGACACCAAGCUCGUGCCUGUGCCAUCUCCCAAAGGCGGCGACAGCGAGUACUGUCUCAUGGAGCGCCUGAGGCCCAAGGGGAAUGGCGACCGAUACAAGUGCUUGGCUGACGGCGAAAACUCUCUUCUCCGGCUGACCUCCUUGUGUGUGGAGCGUGGCGAGGAAGGUGAGCCCGUGGUCACGGCUCGCCGGCGUGCUCGCUCUUACAACGUAUCUAGGUAUAAUGAAUAUUUUGAAGCUCAAGCAUUUUGGAUGUAG